AGCGUGUUGUCUUGUGAGGUUUUUUCAGACAGAACAAUAAGAAAACUGAAUUCCCGACAUCCGUAAUUCCAAACCAGAACUGCGUUCAAAUCCCAACUUCGUUUUUUCCCCUCUUCUUUUUAAAACAUUUUGUUUUUUGGAUUUUCCUUCGAAUGUUUCAUUUUUGAAUCAUUUUGAUUUAUCUUUUGUUUUUAGAAUGAUUGAAAGCCAUGCGUUGGCUUCAGAAUAUUUCAUUUUCUUCUUCUUCUUCUUCUUCAUCGUCGCCUUCUUCUUCCACCAUCGCCUCCACGCCGGCAGUUUCUUCGGGGAAGCAUUCUCAAGAUAAUAAUAGCUAUCAGAAGCGUAAUCACAAGCAACGCCAGAGUUCCCGUCACAAUUACUUGGGUUUUCGCAUUGCCGGACCUAAGCUGACGCGUCUCAGCGACCGGGACCUGGUGGCGUCUCCUCCGUCCGCCAUUUUUGAUUCUUCAUUGUCGUCGUCUCCGACGCCUACUUCGAGGAUACAAUCGUCGGCGACAGCGAUGCCGUUGCCGCUUCCGCUUCCUGAAGGAGACGGCGAGCAAAGGUUGUCGUCGCCGACUGAGGUUGGACAUAGUAGAGCUCUAGAGGAUAGGGAUAGAGAAAAAGCAGAUGGAAUCCCUUCCAAUUCAAGUAUGUUCGCUUAUCGUAACUCGAGGAAGAUGGUGGAGAAUUGGGACAUAAGAUCGACCCCUAAGAUGUUACAUCAAGAAGUGAAUCGAGGGGACAGUUCUAACGAUGAGUUUAGGGUGAAUGUUCCUAUUAGGAAUGCCCCUGCGAGUCCAUUUAGUCCACACAGAAUGAGUACCGGUGACAUGUUUCCGAACUACAUGGCUCCUCCUACAGGCAAACAAGUCUGGUCUGCACCAGAGAUGCCGACAUUAGAUAUGGCAGGAUUUCCUCCCCCAGCAUUCUAUGAUUUCACCAUGUUUAGUACCGAUAAUACUCCUCUUCACAGUCCAAAUAUAAGUCCUAGUCGAACAUAUAGAAGCCAAAGUGGACCUCCUUCACCAAGACAUCAGGAGCAUUCGCAUGAGUUCUCGUCAUCCCGACCUGAAAGUAAUUGCCCUAUUGUCCAUCCCUUACCUCUUCCACCCGGAGCAGCCCUGGUUUCAGCAUCAGCUCCCAUUCCCCAAGUUUCGUCUAAACCAGAACUGUUGCCGAUGAAUUGUCAAUGGAAAAAAGGCAAGCUUAUCGGGCGUGGUACAUUUGGACACGUUUAUGUUGCCAGUAAUAGAGAAACUGGAGCUUUAUGUGCAAUGAAGGAAGUUGAGAUAUUUCCCGAUGAUCCGAAAUCUGCAGAGUCUAUAAAGCAACUAGAGCAGGAGAUUAAGGUUCUUAGCCAGCUUAAGCAUCCAAACAUAGUUCAGUAUUAUGGUAGUGAAACAGUUGAAGAUAAGUUCUACAUAUAUCUGGAAUAUGUCCAUCCUGGUUCGAUUAAUAAAUAUGUUCGUGAUCACUGUGGUGCCAUAACAGAAUCCAUUGUCCGGAAUUUCACUCGCCAUAUUCUUUCCGGGUUGGCUUACCUCCACAGCACGAUGACAAUCCACAGAGAUAUUAAAGGGGCUAAUUUGCUUGUUGACGCAUCCGGAGUUGUCAAGCUUGCUGACUUUGGCAUGUCCAAACAUCUUAGCGGACAAAGAGCUGAUCUAUCUUUGAAGGGAAGUCCAUACUGGAUGGCUCCAGAGCUUAUGCAAGCCGUUAUGCAGAAAGAUAAUAGUUCCGAUCUUGCUCUAGCUGUUGAUAUUUGGAGUUUGGGUUGUACAAUCAUUGAAAUGUUCACUGGUAAAGCACCAUGGAGUGAGUAUGAAGGGGCUGCGGCCAUGUUUAAAGUGAUGAAGGAUACCCCUCCCAUUCCCGAAACAUUAUCGUCCUUGGGGAAGGAUUUCCUACGCUGUUGCUUCAGAAGAAAUCCUGCAAAGAGACCGACUGCAAGCAUGUUACUAGAGCACCGAUUUGUAAAAUGCUCCCCUCAGUCGGGUGCCUCAUCUUCUAAUGGGCUAAAGUCCACGGAUAUGCCCCUUAGUCCUAGAGAGCGAUCUGAAUUCAAACCGGAUCAAUUGCCUGUGCAGCAAAGCCUACGAACUUCGAAAACUGCAACUCCUGAGUGGGAGACUACACAACGAUCUCAUUACCAGAGUCCCGAGUUAAGAGUGGCCACACGUAAUUCUCCUUGUUCAACCCUUGAGACCCUUCCCAGCUUGUCUCCUCAAGGCUCGGGUCAAAGUUCCCAUCACCCCAGCCCUUUUAGUAGAGCCAUCAACCAGGAGUCUAAGAAGAGCCAUAUUCUCAGAUGAGAAAUCCAGAAAGGAAAACAGAACUCCGUACAUUAUUUUUCUAAGGUUUUCUGUGAAUAAGGCAAUGCUUCGAGCUUCGAGCUUCGAGCUUCGAGAACUACACCUCGGAGGAUGCCGUUUUUAACUUGUGGCCAUGGAGAGCUGAAGUAAGAGCUUCCGAGCUACCGGAUCAACCGUCACCGAAUCCAGACACAGGAUAUAAAUAAGUAGGAUUUAGUUUUUGGUAGAGUUAUAUUUUUUAGAACUUCCAAAAAUAGAGUUAAGCCCCUUUUUUUCCUUCAUGAGUCCAAAAUACUUGAGUUUUAGAAGGCUAAAGCUAGCCAUGUAUACAUAGCCUGAUCUGGGUUGGCUCGGAUCCUGCGUUGUAUUGGCGAAUUGUUACUCAAAGAUUGGGCCAUCUUGGUUUUUGUU